GUCUAGUCUAUGAGACUAGUCUGCGCUGCCGAGCAUGUGGGGGUGUGCGGGUUUUGACAGCUACUUCAACUAGCUAGUCCAGUGUGGGAGAACUCAGGAGACAACUUUCCGUGCGUGUCGUCUCGAAUAUCAGCAAUGGCCCUGUUGAAAUCUAGCAAGAUCAUUUCUACCGUCGGACUUCACCCUCCAUUGGGUGUCCUCUCCAUUCGUGCCAGCUCAUGGUGGUCUGAGGUGCAGAUGGGUCCCCCUGACCCCAUCCUGGGGGUGUCGGAGGCCUACAAGCGGGACACCAACCCCAAGAAGAUUAACCUGGGUGUAGGAGCAUACCGUGAUGACCAGGGAAAGCCAUAUGUCCUCAGCUGUGUUCGCAAGGCUGAAGCUCAGAUUGCUGCAAAGAAGCUGGACAAAGAAUACCUGGCUAUUGGCGGUCUGGGGGACUUUACCAAGGCAUGCGCCAAGCUGGCUUUGGGUGACGACAAUGAGGUUAUCAAGAGUGGCAGGAACAUCACUGUCCAAACUAUUUCUGGAACUGGGUCUUUGAGAAUCGGAGCCAACUUCCUGUCCCGUUUCCAUACAGAAGCCAGGGACGUGUACCUGCCCAAACCCUCCUGGGGGAACCAUACACCCAUCUUCAGAGACGCUGGGAUGCAACUGAAGGCAUACACCUACUAUGACCCAAAGACCUGUGGCUUUGACUUCCAGGGAGCCCUGAAUGACAUCUCUAAAAUCCCUGAGAAGAGUGUCAUAAUGCUUCAUGCCUGUGCCCACAACCCCACAGGAGUGGACCCUCGGCCAGAGCAGUGGAAGGAGAUUGCUGACCUAGUGAAGAAAAGGAACCUCCUGGUGUUCUUUGACAUGGCCUACCAGGGCUUUGCCAGUGGUGAUAUUGACCGUGAUGCCUGGGCUGUGCGUUAUUUUAUUGAACAAGGCCACAACAUUGUGCUUUCUCAGUCUUUUGCUAAGAACAUGGGUCUCUAUGGUGAGCGUGUUGGGGGCUUCACUGUUGUGUGUAAGGAUGCUGAGGAGGCCAAGCGUGUGGAGUCCCAGCUGAAGAUCCUCAUUCGGCCCAUCUACUCCAACCCUCCCAUGAAUGGGGCACGCAUUGCUGCCAGCAUCCUCAAUACACCAGACUUGUACAAGGAGUGGCUUGGGGAGGUGCAUGGUAUGGCCAACCGCAUCAUCACAAUGAGGGAGCUACUGGUGGCCAACCUGAAGAAGGAGGGCUCCACUCGGAACUGGAAGCACGUCAUUGACCAGAUUGGCAUGUUCUGCUUUACAGGGCUGAAGCCUGAACAGGUGGAGCGUCUUACGAAGGAGUUCUCCAUCUACAUGACGAAGGAUGGGCGUAUCUCCAUGGCUGGUGUCACCUCUGGCAAUGUGGGUUACCUUGCACAAGGUAUCCAUGCAGUGACCAAGUGAGAUGGUCGACCAGGAGUCACACACCAUAGUCACCAUCAGGACAGAGGGGCGGUAGAGUCAGACGAAAAAUACGUCCUUAUGAAAAGUAACUCUCUCCUCAGCUUUCCUUUAGGGAAAUACUCAAGUAAAGAUACCAUAUGGUUAUUUCUGUUGUCAUUUUCUGUUGGCAUUGUCUAGAUAUUGUAUGUUGUACUAUCUAACUAGGCUUUUAAUUGUGAGUCCCCUGGAAAAAUUGUGGGUUCCCUGGGGGAUCAAGGAACUCUUGAAUCUUUUUGAUCCCCCCUCAGACAUCAAAAUAUCUUCUAGAUCACACUUCCCAAUGAAAGCACAAGUUUAGAAUCGUGUCUAUAUUGCAGCAUGUCCUCUCACUUAGUUUGAACACACCCUGUUUCUAAAAGCACUGUGCUCAACUGUUGGUUGUAACAUGGACACCAAAGUAAUAAGUAUUAAGACAAUUAUUUCAGGUAAUUGUAUUGAAAUAUGCGUCUCUGAAUUAUUAAUGAUUAUCUUACAAAGUUUCUUUCCAAAAGAUAUCAGGUGCUGAAAAACUUUUGUCAGUGGAACCUGCCUAGGUAAUUCUAGUGGAGUCAUGGCACUUGUUUUAUGAGGGAUGAUAUGUGCUGCAUGGAGUCAUCGAUUGUGAUUAUCAACUGGCCACAAUGUGUGCUAAGGAUGUUAUUCUGCUGUUGUAAUUUAUUGUAACAGAUGACCACCAUCUGCCAAUCAACUGCCACAUCUCCCACUAAUGAUGUACCAUUUAAUUGAACUAUGUUUAUCUAUGGGCUGUACACAGUAUACUGUCUGAACUUUUUUGACUCAAUUUCAGGAGCAUGAAGGGAGUUUUGCUACUUGCACAUUGCCUUGUACACAUGCCCCCUCAUGUGCUUCACCUUCAUUGAAAGUCAAAUGUAAUGCACCUUAAGAUUGCCCUCUGACUUUGAGUGGUGUACAUUUCUGAUGGGCCAUGGAAAGCAGAGUCCAGCCAACCUCUAACACAGACUUGCCCUCAAGCCUAAUCACUGACUUAUGGCUUUUACUUUGUGUUGUGAAAGAUUACUGGUGGGUUCCACCUUGUAGAUUAUGGGGCUGCAGGGCCCCAAACAUUCUAAAGCAUGUCAGAAGUUUUACCCUUUCAGUCACCUGCUCUGUUGAAGUUGCAGAUCUCUGGCCCCAUGUGGUCCCAGGAGUUGGAACUCCUUUCUUUUGGUGGAGGCAUCUGCUUGUUCUAAUUAGACACUGAUUUUUAACUACUGGAAUGGUCAUCUUUUUCUGCCCAAUGUCACUAUUCAAAUUAAUCUGAUGUUCUUUUGAAUGGUACUCAAUUCUCUGAAAUAAUCUGAUCAUGAUUUAUGUGUACUAUAAUGUUCUGAGUUUCUCAGAUUUGAGUCAGCUUCAUUUCAUUAUUUAUGUCUGACCAGUGUUAUUGUCACUAAAAUAAACCUGGUUGCACAGUU